AUGCUCGCCUUCGUGUUACUCUCAUCAGCGCUUUCACUUUCCACAGUCCUGCUGCUCAAACUAGUGUGGUCCUACCGGUUCGCGGCAAAAAUACCCACCGUUCAACCGGCGGUUCCGCUGCUCGGGCACAUUCCAAUGUUUUGGAACAGAACGUCCGAGCAGGCGUUCAGCAGCUUGACCUACUGCUUCCGGCAGGUGGACCGCCUCGGGAAGGUGCUGUUCGGACCGGUUCUGAUCGUGUUCGUCCACCACCCAGACCUGCUGCAGCAACUGUUCAGCCGCGAAGAUCUGCACGAUAGGCCGUUCUUUUACGACUUUCUCGGGCUGGACAACGGGCUGCUGUCGGAGAAGAAUGGCCACAAAUGGAUUCGCUCGCGGAAGGUGCUCAAUCCGGCGUUCAACACACGGAUGUUGACCGGGUUUAUUCCCAUAAUGGACGGAAGGGCCAGAAAGCUGGUGGCUAAGAUGAAACCGUUGGCCGGAACUGGGACUGAGUUCGACAUUUUGCAGUACAUUGGCGAGUGUACGCUGGAAAUGGCCUUCAGUACGACGAUGGGUCGUAACGCGAACGAACUGCCCGGCCAGAAGGAGUACGUGAGAAACUUGGAAAUGAUCAUGAACUUGAUAGGAGAACGCGUCCUCAACGUGAACCAAUUUUUGGACGUUUUCUACCGGAUGACGGAAGCUUAUCGGGUUGACAAAAAAGCUCGAACUUUUUGCAACGCAUUCACCGAUAAGGUCAUCCGGGAGAGAAGACGUGAGCUAGAAAAGGAGAAAGGACUGCCGAAGGCGCGUGACGAGUUCCAGUCAAAAUCGUUGAACUUCCUCGAUCAAAUCCUUACCAUUCGCAAGAAGGACGGAUCGCUGUUUGGAGACGAAGAGAUUUCCAACAAUCUGUACAAUAUGAUGGCCGCUGGAAACGACACUUCCUCACUGACAAUCGCGUUUGCCUGCCUGUUCCUGGCAAUGCACCCAAAAAUCCAAGACAAGGUCUUCGAGGAAAUGAACUCCGUCUUCCACUCCGAUACGGUGGACAUCACGCUGGACACCCUAAAACAACUCCAGUACACCGAGCAGGUCAUCAAGGAAGUCCUUCGCCUUUGUCCGGCUGUUCCUUGCGGUGCCCGCCAAGCCUCCGGACCCCAAGUAACCCUCGACGGCAUCCAAUUCCCCCCGAAACAAAUCGUCGUGUUCAACAUCUUCACCCUCCACCGUCGGAAGGACCUCUGGGGACCGGACGCGGAGUGCUUCAACCCGAAUCGAUUCUCGCCGGAGGCCACCAAGCAGCGCCAUCCGUACGCCUUUUUGCCGUUCAGUGCCGGUCUGCGGGACUGCAUCGGAGCCCGGUACGCGAUGAACUCGAUCCGGAUCGUGUUGCUGCGGAUUCUGCAGGACUUUGAGAUAAAAACCAACCUGCGGCACGAGGACUUUCGGUUCAAGUUUGAAAUUACGCUGAAGCUGGCAGGGCCGCACAGUGUGUGGUUGGAGAAGCGAAAGAAGCGAAAUAAGUCAGAUUGA